AUGGCCAAAGCAAACAAUAAUGAGGGUGUUACCAUAAUUGGCGCUGGACUGGCAGGCUUAAGUUUGGCACUUUCUCUUAAGGUCCACUCACCAGCGACUGAGACGACUCUCUACGAACUCCGAGAACCAACAACGUCGACAACAGGAGCUCUCAUGCUUUCACCAAACGCACUCCGUAUUUUAGAUACACUAGGGGUCUAUUCUCGAAUCAAACAGCAUGGUUACGAAUUCGAAAUACUAACAUCCCAAAAAGACGAUGGCGAGACGACAGAUACCUAUGCAAUGGGGAGUGAAAGCUUAUUUGGCUACAAAGCGCUUCGAGUAUACCGUCAAGUGCUCCUGGAAGAAUUACGCGGAGUUUGCAAAGAGCGAGGUAUCAACAUAGUCUACGGUCUCAAAUUCUCCCAUGUCGUUCUUGAAACACCUGAAAAUGUUACUUUCGCACUCACAGAUGGUACAAAGAAAACCACGUCUCUACUUAUUGGCACGGAUGGCAUCCACUCCCAAGUCCGCAAAUAUCUCUUCCCGGACAUCACGCCAAUCUAUUCUGGAAUUACAGCUGUCACAGCCUCCGUCUCCAGCUCCUCGCUCCGCCUCCCAUGCGAAGACUUCCCUAUGCCGAUAUCAAGAUCAAGUCCUGGUGGAGUCUUUGUAAUGGCGCCACAAAACCCCUCUGGCACCGACAUUCUCGUCGGAACUCAAACCCGUCACCCAGAGCUCUCCAAAGAAGGAUGGGGUGUUCUCCGCAAGGAUCGCUCAAAACUCAUGGGUAUCCUCACAGCUAAUAAAGCUCAAUGGUCGGACUUUGUGCAAAGCGCUAUGGAAGGUAUUGAUGAGGAGCAUCUCUCCAUAUGGCCUUUCUACGUUGUUCCACAUUUGCAAACUUGGGCGUCGAAGGACAAGAGAGUGGUCAUCAUGGGUGAUGCUGCUCAUGCUAUUCCGCCUACUGCUGGGCAGGGUGCGAGUCAAGCUUUUGAAGAUGUUUACUCGUUCUCUUACUUGCUUUCUAAGGUUCCGGGACCUCAGUUUGGGGAAGUUUUGCCGAAAUGGCAGGAGUAUCGUAUGGAGAGGGUGAAGAGAAUUUUGGAGUUGACGAGGAAGUUGAAUAAUCGACGAUUACCAGCGGAGGAGCUGAACAAAUUGAGCAAAGAGGAUCUGUAUGUUGAGGAGGGAAAAGAGGGGCAAGGUUGGUUGUUUGAUCCUAAGAUCGAGGAAGCUGUGGAAAAGUUGAUUGCUGGUCCUACAGAUAUUUGA